GAAGGACGAAGGCCCCCUCUCUCUAUCUCUCGCUCUCUCUCAAUUUCCUCGAACACCAAUCUCCAUCGUCGGACUGGUUAAAGGCAAAUCACAAGAGGCGGCGGCGGCGUGGAAUCAACCGGUCGAGGCGUCGACGGGACAUCCGGAAUCCGGGAGGCCCGUUGUUCUGUAGGUGUCGUUCCCGUGAGCAGAUCGGAACCUAGGAAAGACCCCAUCUUUGCCAUCCUGCAUCCGCGGUCGUCGAUUCGUGAGGGCUCGGGAUUUCUCCGGAGAGUCUGUCUGUCUUAGAAGCGCUGGUGUAGCGUAAAUGUGUGUUGUCCCGUUUCCUCCGGGCCGGAUCUAGCUGCUUCGAGCAUGGAGGUGGACGGGGAUGCUCAGAGGGUGUACCAGGUUUGGAAGGGAAGCAACAUAUUUUUUCUUCAAGGGAGGUUUAUAUUUGGCCCUGAUGUGAGAUCAUUGUUUCUCACCAUAUUCCUGAUUGUUGCUCCUAUUUCAAUCUUCUGUGCAUUUGUUGCUGAAAAACUAUCGGAUGAUUUUUCUAAUUCUCUGGGUAUACCUGUAAUGGUAAUAGCUAUUGUCUUCACUCUAUAUGAUUUAACUAUUUUACUUCUUGCCUCCGGUAGAGAUCCUGGAAUAGUACCUCGUAGUGCACAUCCUCCAGAGCCUGAAAUCGUUGAGGGUGGUGGUGAAGUUGGAGGUGUUCAAACUCCACAAUUACGAUUAUCGAGAAUGAAGGAUGAAAUUGUAAACGGUAUAACUGUAAAGGUGAAAUACUGUGAUACUUGCAUGCUCUAUCGACCCCUUCGCUGUUCUCACUGCUCAAUAUGUAACAAUUGUGUGGAACGCUUUGAUCAUCAUUGCCCAUGGGUUGGACAAUGCAUUGGACUGAGGAACUAUAGGUUCUUCUAUAUGUUCGUCUUCUCAUCGACUUUGUUGUGCCUUUAUGUGUUUGGAUUUUCCUGGGUCUGCAUAAUAAAAAUCAGAAAUUCUGAAAACACAACUAUUUGGAGAGCAAUGAUCAAGACUCCUGCUUCCAUUGUCCUCUUAAUUUAUACUUUUAUAUCAGUUUGGUUUGUUGGAGGCCUCUCUGUCUUUCAUUUGUAUCUAAUGAGCACCAAUCAGACAACUUAUGAGAACUUCAGAUACCGUUAUGAUCGGAGAGCUAACCCAUAUAACAGAGGAAUUGUGGAAAAUUUUAAGGAGAUAUUUUGUACGAGCAUACCUCCAUCAAAGAACAAUUUCCGUGCAAGAGUAUCGCAAGAACAAGGACUUCAACCACGCUCCUCUGGUGGAGGUUUCAUGAGCCCAAACAUGGGAAAAGCUAUCGGUGACAUUGAGAUGGGCCGGAAGCCAGUGACCUGGGAUGAACUAAGGGCCGUCACACAAGUUGGUGAGCACGAAGAGGGUCUAAGCAACAGAAACGUGAUGGAAGACAAAGAUGGCGAGCUCACUGAAGCUUCUCCAAAUUUAAGCAGGGAAGCUUUUGAGACAGACACGGAAGUGCAACCUACGCUGCACCAUAGGCGAUCAAGUUGGGGAAGAGGUGGAAGCUGGGAGACAGCAUCCGACAUUCAAGCUGUGGCAUCAGUUGCAGGGCAAACAAGUAGGACAGGUAGCGGUAGCGGCAGUACAGGUGCAGGAAAUUUGUAAGUUUGUGCGGAUGCUGACACACUCCAAACUCGAAAGACAGGGCAAUCGAAAUAGGUGGUAUUAGCUUCUCAGGCAUCCUUUUCCUCCGUGCUCCAUUUGAUUUUCCCUAUCCUGUACUAAACUUUUGUCGCAACAUCAUUAUUAUCGUAUCGUGACUCAAAUACUUUCGGAACAUCAACUGAAAACUACACGUUUGCUUGGCGCAUGUAUAUAAUUGUGUUUGUGAUUCCAGAAGUUUGUGUUUACCUGGAUCUAUCUCUGGAGUUGUACUGCACAGUGAAGUGAAUUUUCCCUAGUUAUUCAAUGAUUAGUUUAUUUAGGCCAUUGAUGAUAA